AUGGAAACGAGGCCCAAUUCCGGAUUCAAGGUGAUCUUGGGAUCAUCCUCGAUUGCCCGGAAAAAGAUUUUAGCUGACAUGGGAUAUGAAUUCACGACAAUGUCGGCGGAUAUAGACGAGAAAGCCAUAAGGAAAGAGAAGCCGGAAGAGUUGGUCGUGACUCUUGCCGAAGCAAAGGCAGAUGCCAUUUUAUCAAAGUUUCGAAGUAAUGAAAACCCAGAGAAGGAUGAAAAACCCACCAUUCUGAUUGCUGCAGACACAGCAGAAGCUAUUAUACCAAGGCUUGCACUUGACGAAAUCAAAGAGGAUGCUGAACCAAGGCUUCUUAUUACUUGUGACCAAGUGGUGGUCUAUGAAGGUGUGGUUAGGGAAAAACCUUCAAGCAAAGACGAAGCGCGCCAGUUCAUUGAAGGUUACUCUGGGGGACACUGUGCUACUGUAAGUUCUGUUGUUGUAACUAACCUCAAGACAGGAAUGAGAAAGCGGGACUGGGACAAAGUAGAGAUACACUUUCAGGACAUACCGAAGCAAGUGAUAGACAGUUUGAUAGAGGAGGGAGAUGUGCUGUAUGUAGCCGGGGCACUGAUCAUUGAACAUCCACUGAUAUUGCCAUAUGUUAAGGAAGUGGUGGGAACCACAGAUAGUGUGAUGGGACUGCCAAUUGCUCUUACGGAGAAACUGAUUAAGGAAGUUCUGUAG